AUGAUGAUGAUGAUGAUGAUGAUGAUGAUGAUGAUGAUGAUGAUGAUGAUGAUGAUGAUGAUGAUGAUGAUGAUGAUGAUGAUGAUGAUGAUGAUGAUGAUGAUGAUGACGAUGAUGAAAAUAGAAUUUCCGCAUUUUCUGGUUCAGCAUCUGAUAACAUUGUGGUUGGCAAUGUUGAUGGAAGUGUCGAAGUUUUCGUUAUAUCAUUUACACUUGUAA